AUGUGUACAUAUAUAUGUUUCCAGUGUUUGGCAGAUCCUCUCAGAGCUCAAUACAAUGGAGGAAUAGUCGUGAAUCCAGACUUCAAUGAAGGACUCCUUGGCUGGAGAAAAUGUGGAUUUGCAAACAUGGCCACAAGGAUGUCCAACAUUACUAAUAACACUUACAUUGUGGCUACCAACAGGAAAGGAGCCCUUCAUGGUUUUACCCAAAAAUAUUUCUUGCAAAAGGAUACUCACUACGUAACUUCAGCUUGGGUGCGAGUGAGCCAAGGGGACAUUCACGUAGCUCUUGCAUUAGGAACAUCAUUUGGCAUGCAACGUAGUGGAUGGGCAAUUGCUCGUCCUGGUUGCUGGUCUAUGCUAAAAGGUGGUUUUAUGCUCAAUACUUCAGGUCCUGUCGACCUAUAUCUUGAAGCCAACAACACAGCUAUUGAGUUGUGGGCAGAUAGCAUAUCAAUUAAGCCAUUUUCUCUAGAGGAGUGGAAAUUUCAUCAACAUCAAAGCACUGAGAAGGUACGCAAAGCUAAAGUGAAAAUCCAAGCGGUGGAUUCUCAAGGCCAACCUUUACCAAACGCAACGGUCUCCCUGGCACAACAGAAGAACAAUUUCCCGUUUGGAAAUGCAAUAAGUCAACACAUCCUAAACAACAAAGCCUACCAAGAUUGGUUUACCUCAAGAUUUAAAUACACAGUUUUCGAAAACGAAAUGAAAUGGUACGCCAACGAGAAAAUCCCCGGCCAACUAGACUACAACGUAGCUGAUGCUAUGCUUAGUCUUGUCCAAAAAUAUAACGUUAAAGUCCGCGGCCACAAUGUCUUUUGGGAUAAUCCUCAGAACAUGCCUUCGUGGGCGCGUUAUCUUUCACCAGCACAGUUAUCCGCAGCUGCAUCAAGAAGGAUAAAUUCCGUAAUGAAUCGAUACUUAGGCCAACUUAUUCAUUGGGAUGUUGUGAAUGAAAAUGUCCACUUCUCGUUCUUAGAGCAAAUGCUAGGGAAGAAUGCGUCUGCUGUUUACUACAAAAAGGCUAAUGAAAUUGAUAGCAAGGCAAUUCCAUUCUUGAAUGAUUUCAAUACAAUUGAACAUGGAUUUGAUGGAACUUCAAAUCCAGCUAAGUACCUAGAAAAGAUUAAAGAGCUUCGAUCCCAUGGUUACAAUGGUCCUUUAGGAAUUGGACUCCAGGGACAUUUUGUCACUCCAAAUUUGCCUUAUAUUAGAUCUUCUCUUGAUAUCCUUGCUUCAACUGGAUUGCCUAUUUGGAUCACAGAGCUGGAUGUUGCAAACACCACCAACCAGGAGGUAUAUUUGGAGGAGAUAAUAAGGGAGAUACAUGCACAUCCAGGAGUGAAAGGGAUAAUGAUGUGGGCACCAUGGAAUCCUAAAGGAUGUUACAGGAUGUGUUUGACUGAUAACAAUUUCAAGAAUUUGCCUACUGGAGAUGUUGUAGACAAUAUUAUAAAGGAAUGGAAUCACCACGAUUUUUCGGGGAAUACUGAUGAAAAUGGUUUUUUUGAAGCUUCACUUUUUCAUGGGGAAUAUCAAUUUGAAAUCAGUCAUCCUGAUCAAGUAAAAUAUGAUACUUAUGUGGCUCAGAAAUUAGUUAAGGUGGCACCAACCGGGGAAAGUUCACAAUCACAUUACACAGUCUUUGUUUGACUAAAUCUACUGCUAGUUACUCGUAAAAAUUAAUUAUUGGGCAGUUUGCUUGCUGUUUUUGGUUUUAAUAUAUAAUUGUUUGCAUAAAUUCGUUGUUAA